AUGUUUAACAGUGUUGUAUUGUUAAGGAAGAGUAGUAGAUUGAUCAAUCUCUCAAUCUCAAGAUGCACUUACUCGACUGCGGCAGCAUCAGCAACAGGUGGACAUGAUGACUUUAUGUUUCCAUCAGUCAGGAGAUUGUUGACAGAGUAUAAUCUGAACUAUGGACAGGUUAAACCAUCUGGUCCACAAGGACGACUGCUCAAGGGUGAUGUUCUCCAAUUCAUCACUGCCAGUAACCUCAAACCUGCUGAUCUAUUCAAAUUGGCACCAACAUCAUCUACAUCAUCACAGCAGCCAGCAACACAAUCUGCUACUGCUGCUACUGCUACUGCUACUACCUCCACAACUUCAACACAAUCAGCCACCACAACAACAACAUCAUCAAAGACAGUAAAGCCACCUCAAUUCGAGGAUAUUCCACAUAACAACAUCAGAAAGGUGAUUGCUACAAAGCUGACACAGUCCAAGCAGACUGUGCCUCAUAUGUACAUGACAGUUCAAUGUGAGAUUGACAAACUACUCUCACUAAGAACUGUACUCAAUGCCACAUCACCAACCAAGAUAUCAGUCAAUGAUUUUGUUAUUAAGGCAUGCGCAUUGGCUCUUAGAGACGUGCCAGCUGCCAAUGCAAGAUGGGAUGAGAAGACAGGUACCACAGUGCCAAGCAAGUCAAUUGAUGUAUCAGUGGCCGUCGCCACAGAGAGAGGAUUGAUCACACCAAUCGUCACCAACACUGAUAUGAAGUCAUUGGGCGCGGUGGCCACAGAACUGAAGGAUCUGGCGGGCCGUGCACGCAUUGGCAAGUUGAAGCCCGAGGAGUUCCAGGGCGGCACGUUCUCCGUGUCCAACUUGGGCAUGUUUGGCAUCACUCAUUUCAACGCCAUCAUCAACUAUCCACAGGCUGGCAUUCUGGCCGUGGGCGGAGGCCGCAAGAUCAUCAAGAACAAGUCCCUCACACUGGACGAGCUGGACGCAGCCACCGAUGCCACUGGAUUGUUGGCAGGUGGUACCGGACCAUCCGUUAGCAAUGUGAUCGACGUCACACUCUCUGGUGACAACAGAGUGUUUGACGAUGAGAUUGCCGCCAACUUCUUGGAUACCUUUAAGAAGUACAUCUCCAAU